GCCGGGAGGAGGGUUGAGAGUUCUGAAUCCACCCAGCUACAGCUUUCAACAAGCGAAUUUGAACUGGCGGAUGAGUGUGGACCGCACGUUUCUAUCAAAUGAUUGUUUGCUGCGUGAGAACAGUAAAGCCAUGUUGUGCUCACCGCUACACGCAGCCCCAAUCGAAGUGAUCGCGAUCGCGAAUCGGGCGCAUUCGUAGCGCUGAACUGGAGCAGUGAAGAUGGGUUCCCGCAUCGACGUACGUUUCCGGCAUCGCGAUGAUGCGUCAUCGCCGGCGCUUCUUUCGAUCGUGUUGCUACUGUUUGCCAUCGGAGGUGUGGUGCGUGCAGAUUUAGAAGUCGGUGACAAGUGCACAGUGCAGCGUACGAACGAACCUGGUAUCUGCCGACUCGUUUCCGAGUGUGCGCCCGUAAUUGAUGAUAUUCGCAAUCGACGGGGAAAUCCUACCAAGUGUGGCUUCAUCGAUCGUGUACAGAUUGUUUGCUGUCCGCAGGCGGAUACCACCACAUCCGUAGCAUCGACGACUCCCCAACCCGCAACGACACGCAACAAUCAUCAACGGGUCGCGGAAAAGUGCGCAGAAUACGGACAGGCGGUAUUUUCAAAGGAAUACGUUAACACGCUAACCGCAGCCGAGCCAAAGCUGCAAACGCUUGAUAAAUGUGGCCACACGGCAGUGGAGCUGAUAGUGGACGGUGAGCUGGCAAAAGCGCGUGAGUUCCCCCAUAUGGCACUGAUUGGUUUCGGCGAGACACCCGAUAUACGGUAUCUGUGCGGAGGAUCGCUCGUAUCCGACCGGUUCGUGCUGACGGCAGGGCACUGCCUAACGUCCAGCAAUUUUGGACCAGCCACCAUUAUACGGCUGGGCGAGUUAUCGUUGAGCUCAUCGACGGAUGAAGCCUUCCCGGAGGAUUAUGACGUCGCCGAACGCAUUCCCCAUCCCGAGUACAAGCAAACGUCACACUACAACGAUAUUGCUCUGAUCAAGCUUAACCGUAAGGUGAUCUUCAGCCCCUACAUACGUCCCAUCUGCCUGCCAGUGGAAGAAAUCUUCACGCAGCAGCGUGCCAUUGCGACGGGUUGGGGUGCGAUCGGGUUCGGUCUGGAGCAAAGCAGUGCACUGCUCAAGGUGACGCUGGACAGGUUCCGGUUCGACGAGUGUGCAGAGCUGUUCGAACCGACCCGUAAACUGCGCACCGGACUGAACGCCACCACGCAGAUGUGUGCCGGGUCGCGCAAUUCCACCAAAGACACCUGCCAGGGUGAUUCCGGUGGACCGUUGCAGGUGUACAACGAUGCUAACGUGUACUGCACCUACACCGUGAUCGGCAUUACCUCGUUCGGGCAAAACUGUGGAUUGGCCGGUGUACCGGCAGUGUACACAACCGUCUACCCGUAUCUUUCGUGGAUAGAGAAUUUGAUUUUUUAAAGCAAAUCCGUAACGUAAAUGCACAGUACCUUUGCUUAGGGCAGCACGCGCUAGGAAGUGUUGUACCGUUCGCUCAUCAUUAGCUGGUAGAUGAUUUUGCUCAGCUUCUCUCCAAUCAUCCGGUUCGUCGGUCCGUACGGUAGGUUUAGCAGGCGCUGGCGUUCGGUCUCGCUGGGGCACCGCUCGUACGCCCGGAACAGUCGCUGCGGGGUCGGGUACUUAUCCACGAUCGCGUUCACCUUCUCGAUCGUCAGCAGCUUUAUCUGCAGCAGCUGCUUCAUGAAAACGUCCUGAACGGUGCUGUCGCGCGUUUUCGCCGAUUGUUUGUAGAAGUAAUCAAACGAUAGUAGCGGGACCGUUUGGCUGGAAAAGCGGAAAGCGUCGCGCGGAUCAUCCGAAGCGGGUCGAUCGGUAACGUUCAGGUAUAGUUUAUCCUAUAGGAAUAAGCAUGUAACGCAAGCUGUUUGUUAAUACUACACGACAAAAAAGCA